ACCGUAACGCGUCCGUGCGCCUCUGCGAGCCCCGUGUGUUGUCACCGAGGGCGGCUGCAGCAGAGGGGGCUUUUUUUUUUAUCAGUGUCACGAAUCCGGAUUUCCCCAGCCCUUUGCCGGCAGUGAGGGUGGGGAGCACCGGGGACAGGGUCAGUGGAAGAUUUCCUACAGCGCGGCUGGACUCUUGAGGACGCACCACGCCACUGUGUCCAAGCAAAAACCCCUCAGCUGGAUCUUCUGUGCUGAAAGUCAAGCCGAUGUGAGCUCGGCCACCGCGCGGCUCUGUCGUUCAGACUUGUUUCACGGCCGUCAGUGCACCGCUCACAUCCACCUCUCCAUCAUCCAUCCAUCCAGCCACGUCAGUGUUUUAAAGAGAGAGAGAGGCCAGUCUGCACACCAUCAGUCAGUUUUCUCCUGUGUUGGUUUAUUCUGAUGGAUCAGUAUGUCUACCACUAAUAACAUCGCCCAGGCCAGGAAACUGGUGGAACAGCUGAGGAUUGAGGCAGGAAUUGAGCGCAUCAAGGUGUCUAAAGCAGCAGCAGACCUAAUGAGUUACUGUGAGCAGCAAGCUCGUAGCGACCCUCUGCUGGUCGGGGUUCCCACCUCCGAAAACCCUUUCAAGGACAAGAAACCCUGCAUCAUCCUAUAGCUGCACUCCUCCUGCUCUCACACGCACAUGCACAUAGACAGGUAUACACACACACACAUACACACACAAUUACAUGAGUACCUUAACUGAUCCCCACAUUUCCCCAAGCACACACUCACACAUGCAAACACACAACUUCUCUCAUAAGAGCCACUCUGGAAAAGCGCCAUACCCCACAGCCACAGCUCCGGGGGCAGGUAUCAUGUGCACCUAGUGGCCGAGAUCAGUAUAUCACUGAGUAUGAUCCAAGGUGCUUUGGUAGUAUUCAUAUAUGCUGGUAAAUUGACUACAACUUAACUUGAAAAAUGGAUUGGGACAUUACUAAUCAUUAGUAGGCUGGGAUAUUUUUUUGGUUUGGUUUUUGCUGUCCUGAGAUGAGGGGUUGGGUAAAGGAUGUACAGCCGUCACCAUAGGCAGGAAGCGGGAGGCUAUUAAAGCCUUUGCCUUUUUAUUGGACUAUAGCAUGUUCCCACUGAAACCGGUAUCAACAGACCGCCUCUGCCUGUGGCCUCACAAUGGCCGUCUUCAGCCUUUGGCCACGCCUCCAGCUGUGCCAACCUGUACAGAGAGUCCUCUCUAGAUGCUGAUCUGUCGUCACUGAGUCCACAGUGGUUUAUUGUGGCUGCCGUCGGUCGCGCUCAAACCUAAUCUGACCUCAGAUCGGCACCUAUGAGGUUAACACAGCUCUUCGCAGAACUCCAGCUACUAACCCCCCCCCCCAGACGUUUACUGCAUUUUUCUUAAGAAAUGCUUGUUUGUGAAAUCAAUGUAUGUUUUGAUAUUUUUUGUUGAAGCAUUAACAGAUAAGAUAAUACUGUACUUUUUUUUUUCUCUAAACUGCUUUGUGUUGACACUGGUGUUGCCCCCAGUAGUAUUAAAAGAAACGGGAGGUGAUCUGAUUGUAACGCAAGGGAAAUACUCGACCAGAUACCUGCUAGAAUCUUAAAGGUUUCUACUGUAUAUCAAACCUCCCUGUGCUUUACCCUGAGAGAGGGAAAGGCUGGAGGAGAAAUCCCUAACUUAACAUCAUAACAUUAACAAGAAACUGUCCCAAAAAGUAAAAAUGAAGAUUUCCAUUU